AUGCCUAUUCUCUCUGGAGGAAGUGACCUUGACUACAGCUAUAAUUCCUGCAGCUCCUUGACCCAUCUGUUCCCCAUCUCCGCAGUCGAGGCGCCCCCAGCCAAAGGAGUCCACUACCAAAGGGCCCGGAGGAUUUACCGCCCCGAUCAGGCCCAGGAGGUCAAUCAGAAGAAGGAGGUGGUCAUCAACGUGGGUGGCAUCAAGUACCUCCUUCCUUGGAGCACCUUGGAUGAGUUUCCGUCGUCCCGGCUGAGCAAGUUAAAGUUCUGCAGCAGCUACAAAGAGAUCAUGCAGUUGUGUGACGACUACGAUGAAGAUACCCAAGAAUUCUUCUUCGACCGGAACCCUGGAGCUUUCGAGAUGAUCAUUAGUUUCCUCGCUGCUGGGAAACUGAUGCUUUUUCGCAACUCAUGUGCCUUGUCUUUCCUGGAGGAGCUGAGAUACUGGGGGAUCGAGGAGUCCAACUUGGAGAACUGCUGCUUCCGGAAGCUAUUCCAGACCAUCGAGGAGUUUGCGGAAGUGCGCAAAGAGGAGGAAAUGGACAGGGCCCCGAAGAAGACCUGCCUCUUGGAGGAGGAGGAGACCAGAUUCGAACAGUUUAUGAGCAAGCUCAGGGAUAUGGUGGAAAACCCCCAGUCGGGCCUGCCGGGGAAAGUCUUUGCCUGCCUGUCCAUCCUCUUUGUGGCCACCACGGCGAUAAGCCUUUGCAUCAGCACAAUGCCGGACUUGCGAGCUGAAGAAGACAGGGGUGAAUGUUCCCAGAAGUGCUAUUACAUAUUUAUCAUCGAGACCGUCUGCGUGGCUUGGUUCUCGCUCGAGUUCUGCCUCCGGUUCAUCCAGGCGAAGAGCAAGUGCCAGUUUUUCAAGGGCCCCCUGAACAUUAUCGACUUCUUGGCCAUCUUCCCUUAUUACGCUUCCCUGAUCAUCUUGGACGACGAUCCCACAGACGACAACGACAGGCCGAGCGGAAACUCGUACAUAGAGAAGGUGGGUCUGGUGCUACGGGUCUUACGUGCCUUGAGGAUACUCUAUGUCAUGCGCCUUGCGCGGCACUCCUUGGGCUUACAGACAUUGGGCCUCACGGUUCGGCGAUGCACACGGGAAUUCGGCCUGCUCUUGCUGUUCUUGUGCGUGGCCGUCACUCUCUUUUCCCCCCUGGUCUACCUUGCGGAAAACGAAUCCGGGAAAGUCUUGGAAUUUACAAGCAUCCCUGCCUCCUAUUGGUGGGCUAUCAUCUCCAUGACGACAGUGGGGUACGGGGACAUGGUGCCGAGGAGCGUUCCAGGCCAGAUGGUGGCAAUCAGUAGCAUCCUAAGCGGGAUUCUAAUUAUGGCUUUCCCGGCCACCUCAAUAUUCCACACCUUCUCUCACUCUUACUCAGAGCUGCGGCGGGAGCAGGAGCGGCUGCAGUCCCGGAUAACGAGGAUAAAAAAUGCCAACACGUCUCUCGAAAGUGACACCCUCAACGAGAGUGAAAGCUUUCUUUCAGAAACAACGGUAUCACCUAUCAAGUACAUUUAUAAAGGAUAA